CUCUCGCUGUUCUACCACAGCCUCUGGCACCGAAGGGCAGCCGCUCAACCACGAAUAAAUCUCGGGCCUGGAGGCGGGGUCUUCCCAGUUCCAGGCGAGGUGAACAUCUAAAAAAGUCCACUGGAGAAUUUGCUUUGGCUUCGCAGAAGAGGUGGAGACUACUAGGUGUUCCUGGUCUUCAAAGACACAACUCUCUGAAUAAUUCAACUCUCUUUUUAUUACUUCAGAUGGGCAACUCUCAAACAGCUGAAGGAUGGAUAGCAUUGCAUAUAUUAAAAACAUGUUGAAAGGAAAAUAAGGAAGCCUGUAGCUUCAGUAUGAAUCAGUCCAGAUCUAGACCAGAUGGUAGUGGUGAAGAAACUUCAUCUCAAGACCAUAAUCAUCAUGAAAAUGAGAGAAGACGGCAGCAAGAGCGUCUUCACAGAGAAGAAGCCUAUUAUCAGUUUAUUAAUGAAUUGAAUGAUGAAGAUUAUCGGUUAAUGAGAGACCAUAAUCUUUUAGGCACCCCUGGAGAAAUAACAUCAGAAGAACUACAGCAACGGUUGGAUGGAGUGAAGGAACAACUGGCAUCUCAGCCUGACUUGAGAAAUGGGACAAAUUAUAGAGACUCAGAAAUCCCCAGAGAAAGCUCAAAUGAAGAUUCUCUGUUGGAAUGGUUGAACACCUUUCAUCGCACAGGAAAUGCAACACGAAGUGGACAAAAUGGGAACCAAACUUGGAGAGCUGUGAGUCGAACAAACCCAAACAGUGGAGAGUUUCAGUUUAGUCUGGAAAUCCACAUAAAUCAUGAGAACAGAGAAUUUGAAAUUCACGGAGAAGAUUAUAUGGGCAUUCCACGGUCAGAUACUAGCAGAAAUCAUACUAGAAAUAGGCAACAAAGAUCAACUAGUCCUGUGGCUAGGAGAACAAGAAGCCAAACCUCAGUGAAUUUCAGUGGUGGUAGUACCAGUAUUCCAAGGACUAGGCUUGGUUCAAGAGGGCAGAAUUUGGUUGAAGGCUCAUUCUCAACACUGGGAAGAAAUGGAAUUGGAAGAACCACUGGCAUUCCUGGAAUUAGUGCUCCUCAUGCUAGUUUAAAUAGUCACACAAACCAAUUAGGUGGUCGUGAACUCAGGCAAAGGGAAGGGCAACGAUUUGGAGCAGCACAUGUUUGGGAAAAUGGGGCUAGAACUAAUGUUACAGUGAGGAACACAAACCAAAGAUUAGAGCCAAUAAGAUUACGGUCUACUUUCAGUAGUCGAAGCCGUUCACCAAUUCAGAGACAGAGUGGCACUUCUUUUCGUAAUUCCCAAAGGGAAAGUAGACCUUUACAGCAAACCAUUAGAAGGUCUGUUAGGAGGAGAGGGAUAACUCAGGUCCUUUUUGAACAAAAUAGGGAACGCCAAGGUAUUGCAUAUACCCCAUUUUCUAAUUCAAGACUUGUGUCAAGAAUAACAGUAGAAGAGGGAGAAGAAUCCAGCAGAUCCUCAACUGCCAUACGACAACAUCCAACAAUCACACUGGACCUUCAAGUGAGAAGGAUUCGUUCUGGAGAAAAUAGAGAUCGGGAUAGUAUUGCAAAUAGAACCCGAUCUAGAGUCGGGCUAGCAGAAAAUACAGUUACUGUCGAAAGCAAUAGUGGAGGCUUUCGCCGAACUAUUUCUCGUUUAGAGCGGUCUGGUAUUCGAACCUAUGUCAGCACCAUAACAGUUCCUCUUCGGAGGAUUUCUGAGAAUGAGCUUGUAGAGCCAUCUUCGGUGGCUCUUCGAUCAGUUUUAAGGCAGGUCAUGACUGGGUUUGGAGAAUUGAGUUCUCUAAUGGAGGCUGAAUCUGAGUCAGAGACUCAGAGAAAUGGUCAGCAUAUAGCAGAGAUGCACUCAGAAAUGAGCAACGUAGUUGUAGGUAAUGGCAGCAGCCAGAACAGUGAAGAUUCCUCACAAGACAGGAUAGCCCCAGAAGACAGCUCUGCAAUGCCAGGUGAAAAUGACACCACUCAGCCACAGGUCCAAAACAGUGAUGAUAGAGGUGGUAGGCAGUUGCAAAAUUCAAACAAUUUAGUUGAAAAUGGAACACUACCUAUUCUCCGCCUUGCUCACUUUUUUUUACUAAACGAAGGUGAUGAUGAUGAUCCAGUACGUGGUUUAACCAAAGAGCAAAUUGACAAUCUUUCUACCCGGAGCUACGAACAUAAUGGUAUUGAUAGUGAAAUAGGUAAAAUCUGUAGUGUUUGUAUUAGUGACUAUGUAACUGGAAACAAGCUCAGGCAAUUACCUUGUAUGCAUGAAUUUCACAUUCACUGUAUUGACCGAUGGCUCUCAGAGAAUUGCACUUGUCCAAUCUGUCGGCAGCCUGUUUUAGGGUCUGGGGUAGCAAACAAUGGGUAAAAUAAUGGGAUAUACUCACAUAGUGCAUUUUAAUAGAACUGAGUAUUCAAGCAUUGUUUUAUUGAAUUAUUUGUGAUGAGCUAACCAGGAUGAAAAAAGACGGAUUAUAGUUUGAACUAUUUUUUGUGUGGUUUUUUUAACUUGUUAAAAAGAGGACAUUUAUAUAAAAUUUAAAAUGCAAAUGUUAAAUUAUCAAGAAGUUCAGAGUAGUUAAUAUUGCU